GUACUCGGUGUGUUUGUUGAAUGCUGAACUUCUCAUAUUUAUCACACAAAACCUAUACAACACUUGGAACCCUCCUUAGAAGAAUGGGGAAUAGAAAACGCAAUCGCAAUGUGAACAAAUUUGCUCAACGAAAACGAGACAAGAAAGAGCAGGAGAAAAACCCUCAAGCAAAGCCAGAAGGCGAUACUCGUAAGCACUAUGAAGAUAUUGUGCGAGAAAACGCUACUUUUGAGGAAUAUUACAAGGGACAAAAAGUCUGCCCCGAAGAAGAAUGGCCCGCGUUCAUGAAGGCUCUCAAGGACAAUCUGCCCACUGCGUUCCGGAUAACUGGCUCCAAGUGUGAGGCAGACGCUUUGAUGAACAUCGUGAAGAGUCAAUACUUUUCGGAGCUGCUCAAUGUUAAGCUGAAGACCGAGGGUGAGGAGGAAGAGGAAAUUAAACCUAUGAAUUUGCCUUGGUACCCAAAUGGCUUGGCUUGGCAGCUACGUCUGUCCAGAACGGACAUCCGUCGCAGUGAGCCCCUCUACAAGCUCCACAACUUCUUGGUCGCGGAGACGGCCGCAGGCGGUGUGUCUCGGCAGGAAGCUGUCUCUAUGAUACCGCCUGUUGUGCUGGAUGUGCAGCCACAUCAUAAAGUACUGGACAUGUGUGCAGCCCCUGGUUCUAAAACCGCUCAGCUAAUUGAGUUCCUACAUGCAGAUGAAGAUAAGAUGCCCACAGGCUUCGUGAUGGCGAAUGACGUAGACAACAGUCGCUGCUACAUGUUGGUGCACCAGGCCAAGCGGCUCAACUCUCCCUGCAUAGUCAUCACCAACCACGACUCGGCCGUCAUGCCCAACAUACAGAUCACCGACCCCAAGGACCCUGAAGCCACCGUCCCUUUGAAAUUCGAUCGCAUUCUCUGCGACGUGCCAUGCUCCGGCGACGCGACGCUUCGCAAGAACCCCGACAUCUGGCUCAAAUGGUCGACCGGCAACGGGAACAAUCUACAUGGCAUCCAAUACCGCGUCCUAAAACGCGGUUGCGAGCUCCUCGCCGUCGGCGGACGACUUGUCUACUCAACGUGCUCGUUCAACCCUGUCGAGAAUGAGGCGGUUAUACACAGGAUGCUGGCUGAGGCGGGAGGAAGUAUAGCGCUAGUAGACGUUAGAGACUCGCUCACUGGACUCAAGUCACAUCCAGGCAUGACCCACUGGCGGCCGGCGUCAAAAGACAUGGUGUUCUACGACAAAUAUGAAGAUGUUCCUGAAAAGUGGCAAACUGUAGUGCGGCCACAAAUGUUCCCGCCUAAACCUGAAGACCUGGACAAGUUCCACCUGGACAGAUGCAUCCGAAUCCUGCCGCACCACCAAGACACGGGCGGUUUCUUCGUGGCCGUGCUCGAGAAAUCCGCUCCCCUCCCCUGGGAGAAGGAACGCGAGCAGACAGAAGUUAAACAGGAAAGAAAAGAAGAGAAGCCUCCAGCCAAGAGGAGGCGCAUGGGAGGGUACAGGGAGGACCUUGUCUUCUUUAAGGGGGACGAUGAGGAUGUGUUCCCGUCUAUUAAGGAGUUCUAUGAUCUGAGCGAGGAGUUUGACUCCAAGUGCUUAUUGACCAGGUGUCACGUAGGCAAGAAGAAGAACAUCUACCUAGUGUCCCCGGCGGUGCGGGACGUGGUUCGCCGCAACGAGAGCAGCAUCAAGAUCAUCAACACCGGCGUUAAGACCUUCGUGCGCUGCGACAACAAGAAUAUGACAUGCGCUUUCAGGUUAUCCCAAGAAGGCCUAGCCAGCGUGUCCCCGUUCAUCGGUUCCCGGCGGCGCGUGAGCAUCCUGAAGGAGGACUUAGUGCUUGUGCUGCAAAACGACAACCCCAGCUCCCCGCCUGAUGUGAAGCUCUUCAGCGAACACACGCAGGCCCAGGUCAAGGACCUCGCGACCGGCAGCUGCAUCCUACAGUACCAAGACCCGGAAUCGAACCUGCACCUCACGUUGGUGGGCUGGCGGGGCGUGCACUCACUACGCGCAUACACCGCUACUCCCGACACCGUGCACUAUCUCCGGCUGCUGGGCGCUGACUUUAGCAAAUAUGAUGUAAAUAAGUUUAAAAAGGCGUCAGACGUACCGGAGGGCGAGGCCGAAACGACCGAGGCAUCAGAAGCGAUGGAAGUGACAGCAGAGGAGACCGAAGCCAACGGCUCCGACAAGUUAUAGCGAUAAGUAUUAUAAUGUUAUUAAUGUUAUUAUUCUUUAAUAAAUGACAUUUGUAAACA